GAGCGGAGCCUGGAAGAGGGAGGAGCACAUCUUGAUGCAGAGAUGCUGCAGUGGCUCCGCCGCGCACGAGCACGAGCACGAGCGCCAGCGCGCGCGCGUGCACACACACACACGCAUACGCGCGCACACACACACACACAUACACACACGCCCUCAGCCGCCACCGGGCCGCUGCACCAGGACAGCAGCGAGCGGCUGAGGCCAGCAGGAAGGAGAGGAGAGCGGCCCAGGGGGCUGGCGGCCGGGCUGGCUCUGGCUCCGCCCUCGAGCAGCAUCCACUUGCCCCAGCCAACACCCUUCCUUCACCCCAGGUCCUUCGCAGCCUCCAGCCAGACUGCCUGGGCUGGGCUGAGGCUCUGCUCCUCUGCUCUCCCCUCUGCCUGGAACACCCACCAUGGGGACUGCCCGCAGGAGGAAAUCACACUUGCUACUGCUGGUCGCUGUGGUCCUUGUCUCCGCUCCAGCUUGGAGCUCAGCCCGGGGUUCCCAGGCCACCUUUGGGCCUGUCUUUGAAGACCAGCCCCUCGGUCUGCUAUUCCCAGAGGAGUCCACAGAGGAGAAGGUGACCCUGGCUUGCCGGGCCCGGGCCAGCCCUCCGGCCACCUAUAGGUGGAAGAUGAAUGGCACCGAGAUGAAGCUGGAGCCAGGCUCCCGCCACCAGCUAGUCGGGGGCAACCUGGUCAUCAUGAACCCCACGAAGGCCCAAGACGCCGGCGUCUACCAGUGCCUGGCCUCCAACCCAGUGGGCACCGUCGUGAGCAGGGAGGCUGUCCUCCGCUUCGGCUUUCUGCAGGAAUUCUCCAAGGAGGAGCGAGACCCUGUGAAAACCCACGAAGGUUGGGGGGUGAUGUUGCCUUGUAACCCGCCGGCCCACUACCCAGGCUUGUCCUACCGCUGGCUCCUCAACGAAUUCCCUAACUUCAUCCCAACGGACGGGCGUCACUUCGUGUCCCAGACCACAGGGAACCUGUACAUCGCCCGGACCAACGCCUCAGACCUGGGCAACUACUCCUGCCUGGCCACCAGCCACAUGGACUUCUCCACUAAGAGCGUCUUCAGCAAGUUUGCUCAGCUCAACCUGGCUGCAGAAGACACCAGGCUCUUUGCCCCCAGCAUCAAGGCCAAGUUCCCUGCAGAGACCUAUGCGCUGGUGGGGCAGCAGGUCACCUUGGAGUGCUUUGCCUUCGGGAACCCCGUCCCCAGAAUCAAGUGGCGCAAAGUGGAUGGCUCCUUGUCCCCGCAGUGGGCCACAGCCGAGCCCACCCUGCAGAUCCCCAGCGUAGGCUUCGAGGACGAGGGCACCUACGAGUGUGAGGCGGAGAACUCCAAGGGCCGCGACACCGUCCAGGGCCGCAUCAUCGUGCAGGCUCAGCCGGAGUGGCUCAAGGUGAUCUCAGACAUGGAGGCUGACAUCGGUUCCAACCUGCAUUGGGGUUGCGCAGCCGCAGGCAAGCCCCGGCCCACAGUGCGCUGGCUGCGGAACGGGGAGCCUCUGGCCUCCCAGGCCCGGGUAGAAGUGAUGGCCGGGGACCUGCGCUUCUCCAAGCUGAGCCUGGAGGACUCGGGCAUGUACCAGUGUGUGGCAGAGAACAAGCACGGCACCAUCUACGCCAGUGCUGAGCUGGCCGUGCAAGCACUUGCCCCCGACUUUAGGCUGAAUCCUGUCAGACGGCUGAUCCCUGCAGCCCGAGGGGGAGAGAUCAUUAUCCCCUGUCAGCCCCGGGCAGCUCCAAAGGCCGUGGUGCUCUGGAGCAAAGGCACUGAGAUUUUGGUCAACAGCAGCAGAGUGACUGUAACUCCAGAUGGCACCUUGAUCAUAAGAAACAUCAGUCGGUCAGAUGAAGGAAAAUAUACCUGCUUUGCUGAGAAUUUCAUGGGCAAGGCCAACAGCACGGGCAUCCUGUCUGUGAGAGAUGCAACCAAGAUCACUCUAGCCCCCUCUAGUGCCGACAUCAACUUGGGAGACAACCUGACCCUGCAGUGCCACGCCUCCCACGACCCCACCAUGGACCUCACCUUCAUCUGGAUGCUGGACGACUUUCCCAUCGACCUCGACAAGCCUGGGGGUCACUACCGAAGGGCCAGUGUGAAGGAGACGGUCGGGGAUCUGAGCAUCCUGAACGCCCAGCUGCGCCACGGCGGGAAGUACACGUGCAUGGCCCAGACGGUGGUGGACAGUGCGUCCAAGGAGGCUACAGUCCUGGUCCGAGGUCCGCCAGGUCCCCCAGGAGGUGUGGUGGUGAGAGAAAUCGGUGACACCACUGUCCAGCUCAGCUGGAGCCGUGGCUUUGACAACCACAGCCCCAUUGCCAAGUACACCCUGCAAGCUCGCACUCUACCCGGGAAGUGGAAGCAGGUUCGGACCAAUCCUGCCAACAUCGAGGGCAACGCCGAGACCGCCCAGGUGCUGGGCCUCACGCCCUGGAUGGACUAUGAGUUCCGAGUUGUAGCCAGCAACAUCCUGGGCACUGGGGAGCCCAGUGGGCCCUCCAGCAAAAUCCGGACCAAGGAAGCAGCCCCCUCGGUGGCACCCUCAGGUCUCAGCGGAGGUGGUGGAGCCCCCGGAGAGCUCAUCGUCAACUGGACGCCCAUGUCCCGGGAGUACCAGAACGGAGACGGCUUCGGCUACCUGCUGUCCUUCCGCAGGCAGGGCAGCACUAGCUGGCAGACCGCGCGGGUGCCCGGCGCCGACGCCCAGUACUUCGUCUACAGCAACGAGAGCGUCCGGCCCUACACGCCCUUUGAGGUCAAGAUCCGCAGCUACAACCGCCGCGGGGAGGGGCCCGAGAGCCUCACAGCCCUCGUGUACUCGGCGGAGGAAGAGCCCAGGGUGGCCCCAACCAAGGUCUGGGCCCAGGGGGUCGCAUCCUCAGAGAUGAACGUGACCUGGGAACCUGUACAGCAGGACAUGAAUGGGAUCCUCCUGGGGUACGAGAUCCGCUACUGGAAAGCUGGGGACAAAGAAGCAGCCGCUGACCGAGUAAGGACAGCAGGGCUGGACACCACUGCCCUGGUCACUGGCCUGCACCCCAACACCAAGUACCACGUGACGGUGCGGGCCUACAACCGGGCCGGCACUGGGCCCGCCAGCCCUGCUGCCAAUGCCACAACCAUGAAGCCCCCUCCACGCCGACCCCCUGGCAACAUCUCCUGGACUUUCUCAAGCUCCAGUCUUAGUAUUAAGUGGGACCCUGUGGUCGCGCUCCGAAAUGAGUCUGCCGUCACAGGCUAUAAGAUGCUGUACCAGAAUGACUUACACCCGACCCCCACGCUCCACCUCACCAACAAGAACUGGAUAGAAAUUGCAGUGCCCGAAGAUAUUGGCCACGCCCUGGUGCAGAUCCGGACCACAGGGCCUGGAGGGGAUGGGGUGCCGGCGGAAGUCCACAUUGUGAAGAAUGGAGGCACAAGCAUGAUGGUGGAGAACUCGGCAGUCUCUCCAGCCCCCCAUCCUGGGACCAUCCUCUCUCACUCCGUGGUGACACUGAUCCUCAUAGGCUACCUGGAGCUCUGAUCUUGGCACCCCUCCCUCUCUGCCGCAGCUGGACACCCUGCCGAUGGACACAGCCAGCUGGCCCCAGUCCCUUCCCGAUGCCAAGGUGGCCCAACAUUGUGCCUGAAAACGGCUGGUUUUAAAUGCCUACUUUAAACAGUGCCCUUUUCGUAGGAGGUAGGAUAUUUCAUAUUCUGCCACAGGAUAGAACCCACGCGAGGAUUUUUUUUUUUUUUUUCUUUAAAUCAAGAGGAACCAGGCAGUCACUUCCAUGAUGAUACUGAGCCCUAUGCCUGGGCCUUCUCGAGUGCCUCGAUGGAAGAAAGGCCUUCAGGAAGAAGGGGGUUUUAAACAUCCAUCUGCACGUCAGCAGAGAUGGCACUAUGGGACCACGUGUGGACUCUGCCCCGGAGAUCGGAGUCCUGGGCCCAGAGGGGACACUGGGCAUGAACGGGCUGAAGUGGGACAAAGCAUAAACAGCCACAUCCCUCAGUCUGAGGGCCAAACCUUGGGACCAGGGAUUCUCCUACUUCUUCCUCUUAAAGGGCAGCAUGGCUGGACCCUUGGUCCUCGAUGACUCCCUGAGGCCUCUGCCACCUGCCCAGAUGGCUGAGAACCAGUGCCCUGGUGUCAGGCCAGGAGCCUGAGCCCCUGCAGUUCUAGGAGGUGACACUGCAGACUGUUGGGCUGCAAGAGCCAAGAAGGGUUGAGAGGCUGGGACACCUGGUGGGAAGGGACACCAGACUUGGCCCGAGGCACAGUCACAGUCCAAGUGACAUUGCCCUCUAAGCCAACACUGCCAACCCGACCCUGUCACCCCAGAGUGACAGAGGCACUACAGCUGGCUGGGUGACUAAAAGGCUUGUCACCCCACACAGUCCCUCCAGGAUUUGAGCAGGAGGCAGGAGACAGCGGUCAUGCCCUCACCGUCUUCCGCCAGCAGAACGCAGCAUUAAUUCCGUGUGUCCUGGAGUCAGGAGUCCUCUGAGAAGGGCCAAGGAUAAAGGCGGCCCUGCUGGCUCCCAGGAGUACCCUGGGCCACCUGGAGGCCCAAACCCCAGGCUGCCUCAGACUGCUCCCCAGCAGACGAAGGGGUAAAUCCACGGGACGUCCUUCUGGGCGUAUGCACGCUGGGUACCGGUGACAGCAUGUCAGAGCUGGAGGAGGCUUUGGGACCCCACCCCCCACCCCCACCCCCCGGGCCCAAGCCCCUCACUCCUGGUGGGGAAACAGAGGUUGGGUCAGGGCCUUGCUCAGGUCACACAGCUUGCUGGUGACAGGGCUGCAGUCGCACCCCUCUCCUACCUUCCUGUUCCAGGCUCGUUGUCUUUUGGGAGGAAGGGAGCCCUGCUGACUGGCUGCAACCUGGUUUAAAAGGUGGUUAAGGGCAGCGGGCUAUGAAAAUUCUGCCUCGGUGGGUGAUGGUGGGGUGAUCGGCACGGCUGGCUCCCAGCCCAAGGCAUGUGCAGACUGCAGCAGACCCAGUCUUUCUUUGCCUUCGGAGCCCAGCUUCUGCUGGGACCUCAACAUGCAGUGCUGGCUUGAAGCCCCCUGCUCCCCUUACGCUUGCUCCAAGCAAAGAGGCCAAAGCAAGGACAGGGAUUUCCCCAAAUCCAGGCAGCAGUGGCGGCAGAGCCAGGAAAUCCUAAAGCCUAGCUAGUGACAGGUGGUCCUUCACACGCAGGAGCAGCGGGACAGGCAUCUUGUAGGGGACAGGCCCCCUGAGCCUGGUUUCUGUAGUUUACAGUUAGAGCUCUAUUUUGUUAUGGUUUUUUAAAUUUUUAAGUCCUGCUCUGUUUUCCUGGGCAGGUUUGUGUUGAUGUUUACCCACUACAGUUUUUUAAAAAUGUUAGCUCACACCCCUUCUCCCGGCCACCACUGUAAUCCACCAUCCCGCCCCUGGCUCAGGACUGCCUCCCUGGAGCUGUCAACCAAACCCUCCUCACCUGCUCCUGUCCUUCGCCCCCAUGCAAGGCGCUGGGGGCUCAGCUAAGUGAUCAUUCUCCAAUUGCAGGGACCCCAAACUUGGCCUAGCAUCCGUCUGGUCCCCCGUGGCUAUGAUAUGGCCUGUACCCAGCUCUAUCAGAAAGGGGAUGCUGAAAGUAGGAAACCUACUUCCAAUGUUUAGCUGAUUCUUUCCUCACUGCCUUGGGCCAUGCUGCGGCCAGGGAAGCAGGGGGACAGAUUUCUAGAUGCUGGGCCAAGAGGGAUGAGCUAGUUUGGCACAGGACCUCCCCAGUGCGGGCUGGAGGCUGCCAUUCUGUGCUUGCUUGAGGCAAGAGAGACAAUUUAAGAGUCUUAGUUCUACUGAGGCAGAUGGACCCUCUGGGAAACCCAGGAAGGGUUUUUUAACUAGGAAAACUCAGCCUUAGGAAAAAUGGUGCAGGUAGAAUUUGUUUGGGUGACACAGAACUGGAUUAAACCAGAUGUUCCUGCAGUCUAAGGCUUCAGGUAGAAUACUGAUUAAAAUGACAUGGGUGAUCUGAGGACACGCAGGCAUGGAAAAUGGAAGAGCCUCUUGUUGAGCUGGCUGCACAGGAGCUGGUGUGGAGGCAAAAGAUGAGAUUAGGACGGCUUCUGAGUCCCUUCCUGCCCCAGAGGGCUCUGGUUUUCACCUCCUCUGCUCAGAUGGGCUGAGGCUCACACCUGCUGUGGUCACGACUCGAUCCUGGCUCUCUCGAUCCUGGAUCUCUCCUCUCUCAUGCGCCAAGCCCUAGAUGAGGCCACCAGAAGGAAACAGCCACAAACAAGUGCUUCACCCUACAGCAUAGCGGCCAGUAAGUGCCUGAGGACUAGGGACAGAGACGGCCUGCAGGCUGCGGUUCAGGGCUCAGGAGAGUUUCUCUGUUCUGCCUGCGCUGGGGCUCAGCCUGUGGGCCCUCUGCCCUGGCCCCAGCUGCUCAGUCCUCGUUGCUCUGUCUCAGUGUAUACCUCACCCCCAGGGGGAGGGCAGCUCUCAGAUGGAGUCUCAGGGCCCAGCAAGGUCAGGUUACCUACUUUCAUUCAGGGCAUCCAAUGAUACAGGUGGUGCCAGGGAACAGGAGGGCCAUGAGGCGGGGGCUCUUUUCCUUUGAUACAAUGACAGGAGAGACUGAGGUUAGGCCUCAGGAGAGGCAUCUGCGAGGAAACCCUGGAGUGAGUAAUUGAGAGGCUGCUGCCUUUUCUAGGGAUCUUGGAGGACGUUUGACAGCUGUUGGUCGUGCAGUCUAGGUUAGAUCAAGACUGGAGUGGACGCUUUAAGUGUCCUUCAGGGCUGAGAUUCUUGGAAUCCACAGUUCAGCACAAGAAGUCUUGGUGCUCUUACCUGCUGUGGACCCUGCAGUGUGGGGGGAAGUGGCUGCAGCCACAGUCAUUUAAAUGGAAAGGCUCACCCCAGGCGCUCUUUUCCCAGCCUAACCUGCUGCCUCUUGGCGGUCCCUGGAGCCACGCUCGUCCUCUCUGGGCAAGAGCCUGAGCUGGCUCGGAGACUGUUUUACUCUCUCAUUUCUUCCUGGGCUAAAGGACUCUCCUGGCUCUUUCUGGUCCCAGAAUGGGACGGCCUCCUGGAUUCCUCUGUGGCAGAGGGAAAGCUGUAUUCUUGAACCCAGGUUUGAGGCGCAGGUGUGGUGCUGUUUCCCUGGCUCAGAUCUAACUUGGUCUUUGUCCUGGGGGUGAGCAAGAUUGCCAGGGAGGCUCCUGGACUGGCAUGAGGGAUCAGAUGGACAUUUUUAAGGGACUUUGAAGAGCUCCAUGGAAAGAGAUGCCUGGUAGCUGUAUAUAUGGUCAUAGGUUUGAAAGGCAGGAAAAUAAAGGGAAACUGGAGAGGAAGAAAAAAAAAGGGGUCAGAUAGCUUUUCCCAGAGCCCUAGGAAGCCUCAUCCCCUCAGAUGGGGUGCACCCAGCUUUGGCCCCCAGACUCCACUGACCACCCUCUCCAGGGCCUGUAUCGUUUAGACUAACUCAUGGCUGGGCGAGGGUUAGGGCUUCAUUGGACCACUGACUUAACUCAGUUUUGUUAAAAUGGACCCACUCCCACUGGCCUGUUGUCUGUCUCUCACACUUCUUGUAAUGGUAGUUAUUUAUUGACUCUGGUAGCAGGCAGUUCUUAAAUAAAGAUGGUUUCUCAACUGGC